GUGAUUGCCAUAGUUACAGACUCCCUGACAGACCUGGAUAUCUUUAAGGACCUUCAGGAGGCAUGCACCCACCGCAAAGUCCCUGUCUACAUCCUGCUCGACCAAUCGUGUGCUCCUGCUUUCCUCAGUAUGUGCAGAAAUGUUGGCGUUCACCUGGAUGACCUCAGGCAAAUGAGAGUACGAACCAUAACUGGUACAACGUAUUACAUGAGAUCAGGAGCAAGGAUUACUGGGGAAGUUCAUGAAAGGUUCAUGCUGAUUGAUGGAAACAGAGUGGCUACAGGUUCCUACAGGUUCAACUGGACUGAUGGCAAACUAAACAGCAGCAACCUAAUUGAGCUUUCCGGUCAGAUAACAGAGAAAUUUGACGAGGAGUUCCGCAUCCUCUACGCCCAGUCUCUGCCUGUAAACACUCGAGGACCUCCGAGUGUCCGAAACAGUGGCAUAUAUGAGCAUCUCCUAAUCAAACACUCAGUUACCGCCUCCCCUCACCUGGCCAGAGAGAGACCUGUGGUGCCAGCGUGCCUGACCAGCACACCCAGCCGCAAGCCCCAAACUUCAGCUGUCCAGCCCUCGUGUGAAUCCUCAUCUCCAGAUUGUCGUAAAACCGACCCAGUGUCCGACUCCUCCACCAUAGGUGUGGACUGGACGGAGCAGCAGCACAUGCAGGAGGAGAUCCUGGCUGGGAGCACCACUCAGCGUUUCCCUGCAGAUCAGCUAGCAGAGAAAGAGCCAGUGACCCCCGGCACCUUCUUCUGCCACGCCUCCACUCAGACCAGCCGGUCAGAAAUGGACAGUGACACCCAGACUGACCUCCAGCUCACACAACGCACUGACCUCAUCGCACCAACAAGCACAGUGCCAAACCCGUCUCCCAGGCAGACCUCGCCCACCCAGGUAGCUCCAGACGGCACCUUAAGGGACUGCUUCCACAGGCUGGCCCAGGAGCGCCAGUACCACUACUCCACCAUCCGCUCCAAACUGGAACACAUGGUGACCGCCCUGUCCCAGAGGCGAGAGUUAGCGGACGUCACCAACAUGACUCAGGGGCCUGGCGCUCAAAGCAGGAAGAGGGUACACAAAGAGUGCGGGCAGCAACCAAACCCCAGACUGCUUGUUGAAAGUGCGGGCAUGGGCACAUGGCCAAGAGCCAGAUGUGUACACUAGUUUGUCCUCAGGGAUUUCACUGAUGGAGGGCAGUGGGGGAAGAUCUGUGGCAAGGUUUCUUCAGAAUGCUCUGUUUCAAAUAAAUGGUUUUGGCUUAUGCUGUAGAAUUCCAGCUUUCUUCUAUUUGUCUUCUUUUCUGCAGUGCCCACUUUUGUGCUUUUCAUGCUGGUCCUUUCCAUGUCAGAGCGGUUUUUCAUGUAAUGGUAAUAAUGCAGAAUUGUAAUUGACACUAACAUCUUGCAGAAAUUAUUAUUUUAACCAAAGACACGGUGCAAUAAUCAUUUUUUGAGCAUGUCAGUUUAAUAAAUAUCAUUUGCUGAGGCGGUUAACACUGGAUAAUGUCUGCUGUAGUAUGAGUGAAAAGGCAUUGAAGUGCUUGUUUUGGUUAUUUAAUCACAUUUGGCUGCUGUAACUGCAUCUUAACAACAUUCCAGAGAGCAGCUGGCUCUCACUGUGCUUUGCUAAUAAAAAAAGUAGUAGUUUGCUAGAUAA